GUCACAGUCACCGAUUGCCACACAUCAGCAAAAUGCCUGAAGCUGAAGUACUGUACUCUGAUGUUAAGUUCACAAGAUCGAAGGGAAACCCCACUGAGACCACUUCCUCAUUGGCGGACACCACUUACUCUGAAGUGAGGAUCGCAAAAACCGAGCCGUCCACAGAGCUGACUGCUCCCCAACAAGUGGUGUCACAUGAAGGGUCAAAGGUCAAAUCACAGAAAGUUCCCCUGCUGAUUCUCUGUGUUCUCUUGGCAGCUGUGGUCAUCGCUCUUUGUUACGUCUCUCAUGACAACAUUCAAACCAAGAGAAGUCUCAAAAAUCUGGAAGAUGAGAAUAAAGCUUUGAAGAAAAAUUUAACAGGUGAUUCAUGCCUGAAAUGUGAUGCAGGCUGGGAGCAAGGUUUAGGAAAGUGUUAUUAUUUCUCCACCAAACGUUCAUCCUGGGAAAAGAGCAGACGCAAGUGCCAAAGCCAAGGAGGAGACCUGGUGAAGAUAGAGAGCAGGGAGGAGCAGAAAUUCUUGAAGAAGAAACUGAAAAACGAAAUGAUGUAUGAUGAGGACAAGUUCUGGAUCGGACUGACAGACUCAAAGCAAGAGAACAAAUGGAUUUGGGUGGACGGUUCACCGCUGAACGAAAGUUUGUCUUUCUGGUCCAACCAUGAGCCGGACGAUUUUAAAACGGAAGACCCUGAAGGAGAGGACUGUGUGAGGAUAGGAGAGAAAGGAGGAGCCAAAGACCUGAAGAACUGGUUUGAUAGAAAAUGCAACGAUCCUCACAGACGUAUUUGUGAGAAACCAGCAAACACUGGAAGUCUUCAGCGGCUGAAUGUCUGUGUCUGAAAUCCAGUUGAGCUCAGUCUUCUCAGACUAAUCACAGUUUUUAUCAGCUGCUUUGGCUCAAUUGUGAAUUAAUAAUCAUGAUUCUCUAAACACAGUGUGCUAUUCUCU